CCGCCCGCCCAAGCCUUGGCUUCGUUCGGUCCUCACCAAGGCCACUCCCCCGAGCCUAGGUCAAGCCGCUUUAGCUGCCUCGAGGAGCCAGAGCUGUCCGUCCACCUCCCUCACCCGAGGCCACGCCCCCAAGCCCGGGCUGUCCUCUUUCCUCACGGAGUCCCGAGACGCCGAGCUUUGGCCCCGCCCCCAACGGGGCCCCGCCCCCGCUACUCCGCCCAGCGACUUGAAAAGGCUGGGGCUGCGGCUCACUUAAGAGUCGCGCGCUGGGCGUGGGGCGGUGUUGAGGAGCCGUCCGUGAGGCGCCGAGGCUGAGGCGAGUUAGACGCCGGAACUGUCCAGGGAGGCGCAGCGCGACAGGAGUCCGUAGCUAGACCAGCCCCGGAGCAGAAGCAGCCGCCGCCGACCGCGGAGUCCUGCCGAACCGGCCAUGGCGUUGUCGAUGCCGCUGAACGGGUUGAAGGAGGAGGACAAAGAACCCAUCAUCGAGCUCUUCGUCAAGGCUGGCAGUGAUGGUGAAAGCAUAGGAAACUGCCCCUUUUCCCAGAGGCUCUUCAUGAUUCUUUGGCUCAAAGGAGUUGUGUUUAGUGUCACAACUGUUGACCUGAAAAGGAAGCCUGCAGACCUGCAGAACUUGGCUCCGGGGACCCACCCACCAUUUAUAACUUUCAACAAUGAGGUCAAAACGGAUGUAAAUAAGAUUGAAGAAUUUCUUGAAGAAGUCUUAUGCCCCCCCAAGUACUUAAAGCUUUCACCAAAACACCCAGAAUCAAAUACCGCUGGAAUGGACAUCUUUGCCAAAUUCUCUGCAUAUAUCAAGAAUUCAAGGCCAGAGGCUAAUGAAGCAUUGGAGAGGGGUCUCUUGAAAACACUGCAGAAACUGGAUGAAUAUCUGAAUUCUCCCCUCCCCGAUGAAAUUGAUGAGAAUAGUAUGGAGGACAUUAAGUUUUCCACACGUAAAUUUCUGGAUGGCAAUGAAAUGACACUAGCUGAUUGCAACCUUCUGCCCAAACUGCACAUUGUCAAGGUGGUGGCCAAAAAAUAUCGCAACUUUGAUAUUCCAAAAGGAAUGACCGGCAUCUGGAGAUACUUAACUAACGCAUAUAGUAGGGAUGAGUUCACCAAUACCUGCCCCAGUGAUAAGGAGGUUGAAAUAGCAUAUAGUGAUGUAGCCAAAAGACUUACCAAAUAAAAUAACACUUACGAGAGAGAUGUCUUCACAUCUUCCCCUAAGAACAUGCUUUUCCUAACAGACUGCUCCUCUUCCUAUAAGAUAGAAACUUUAUUUUGCACAAACAUGCAGUUAUUCCAGAUUAGGAUGAAGGAUAGACAAGGUAUAGUAGCUAUCUUUAAAUAUAUACUCCUAAGCAGUAUUAUUUUAAAGUUCUUUUACCCUGCCUACCUCCCCUACCCCGUAUCCUCCUAAUUUGGAGACACUCCAUAAAAACUUUUCACUUUAAAGGCAGUUUGCCAUCUCUCUAGAGCCCUCACCACUGUCUCCAUUCACUGUGUAUAGAUGGCAGAACUUUUGAGGUGCACUGUUGAACUGUUAAAAUAGUAAUCACAACCUCAUCAGGCCCAAACUGGUGCAUAAUGCACGGUACAAGGAAUAUUUAUGCAUUUUUGGAAUUUUAUAAUAUUUAGUAAGAGUAUAUGAAAGGAUUGCUACUGUAUCAAAAUAUUCUGUUUCAAUUUAGUCUAUCCUGGAUAUGUACUAAAGGAUGUUACCACCAGAGAAGAGAGCCUUCUCCAGAAAGUCACUACAGAUAUUGCUAUGUUACUUUGUAUGUGGAUUUUUACUUUUGCCUAAACGCAUUUAUCCUUCAUAUCAAUUAUAAUAUCUGACACUACGUAGAAGCUAAAAGUCUAGAGGGGAGGACAAUAUUUGCAAGAUCUUCUUCAAGCCUUUUAUGCAUAUAAGAGAAACCAAUGGGCACGUGAUACUCUCUGUCUAAAUAUGUUACUGGUUAUAUGUAUUUUGCCCAGUGCCAUUCAUUUGGAACAUUAUUACUUUCUUCCUUUAUUUUAAAAAUGCUCCUUUUUUUAGGUAGGCAUCGGCCUUGCUGUUUGUAGAUCGUUUGAGCGACACUACGUACACUGAUAUUUAGUUGAUUUAGCUGUAGCAGUACAAUGGUUAGUAAUGUAAAAACUAACCUAAGGAAUGUAGUGUGGGUUUGUCAAAAUAUCAAGUAGAAUUUUGUUUCUAAAGCACGUUUAAUGUGGAUAAUCUAAAGAAUGCAUUAUCCAUCCUAUAUUAAAAGCAAGAUAAAACACAUAGAUUACCACUCCACCCCCAUUUACUGUUAGACUUUGGGUAGAGGAUGGUUCACUUCUUUUGGACUAAAUUAUAGUUGUGACGGUGACUACAUAUUGACUGCAGUUUUGCCUAAUCUCAAUCAUUGCACUUCCUUCAAUUAAAUCUUCCUACAGCCACAUUGAGGAAUAGCAGUCUUCAUGUUUGUUUCUUAAAUUGAAGUCCUAAACCAGGAAUUGUGUUGUAACAAGGGAGGAUGAACUUGGUGAAAAUAAAACAAAAGUUUGCUAUGUAUUUAUUCAUUAAAAAAAAAAAGACUUUCUAUGUACUACUCCAAAGACUGUGAUUGUGACUAUAAUAAUGUUUUGGUAAUUUUUAUACCUAACCUGUUUAAGAAAUGCUAUUUCUCAUAGGCUGCUUUUGGAAAUUUUAAGUAUAUUGCUUUAAAAUGGCAGUGUUUUCUUCCCUAUGAUAUGCUAACGUUUAGUAAGCACUGGCUUUAUGGAAGCAGCUUGAUUUUUUAAUAAGCAUUCUGCAUUGUUUAAACCUAUCAGUGACUAGCUUGGUAUAGAAAGAUAAGAAAAACUCCAUAUUGUGUCCAUUUGGCUCAGGGAGAUUUCUUUGCUUUACCUUUCUUAGAACUCCUUAUUGCUGAUCAAAAGUUUGGGUACCCACCUUUUUGUAAUAAAAUGUUGGAUGAUGAUUUAUCUUGUUCCAGCAAGAAGCAUUAUCAGGUUAUAUACUGAGAAAUUCUAUAGCAGUAGCUUCCAUGGGUGAAUAUGUCACCUCUGCACCAAUACACAGACAGCCAUCUUCACUUUUCACUUACUUUUACGAUAGUGGUAACUUGGCAUCAGGUGAUAUUGAAUCUUGCCUCAUAGCUUAAAGCAUGGAAAAGAUUCAAGAGAAGUGGGGGUGUCUAUUUCAAGUGAACAGUGGAUUAAGUGGUACAGAGUAGAAGGCUAAUGAGGAAAGAGCUACAGUCCUCAAAACGGAUGAAAAAACACAUUCUGAAACUCAGUUGUGAAGUGUUUUCCACUUUGGAUAUUUAUUCUCUUCUUCUUCUCCUUUUUAAAAAUUUAUCCCCUGAUUGUACUUGGCUGUCUCUCUGGAUGUCCAAGGAAGGCAAGGUCUAUCUGUUAUAAGUUUGAUGAAGGCAGAAUUAUUUUUCUGUUGAAAGACAAAUCGUAUUACUUUAUCAGGGAAAUUAGAUGAGGUUGAGAUUGGCAAAUGAACGAAAGCUACUAAGAAAGAUGAUCCUAGAAUAUGCUUUUUACCCCAUCUUACAUUUGUGGAAAGAUCGUAGCUUCAUGUCUUGGGAGAUUUGGGACAUGAAAGUUUUCAUGGCAGUUCAUGUAGUAUAUGGGUUGACACAGUAGAAAUCAUCUGUUAUUAUUUCUACAACUACUGAAUCAUUUUCCCCUUCAUUUAAACCCCUUUUGUUCCAUUUAAACACGGAGAUUAGACUCUGAAUGGAAGAUCUUACUAAUUUCCAAGGGAUUCUGAGAAAUUUUUGUGUUCAACAUUUGGAAAGCUGUCUACUGUUUCAGUUGAUGUAACUUCCUUUUUUAAAAAAUGUAGAUGCAGAUUUUCUAUACAGUUCUGUUAUUUUCUUUUACUAGGAUUGUUGACUUUAGUGAUAAAAUUCAUGUAAGAUUUUAUUUCUUGGUAACUUUGGUUUAUACAACUACCUUUAUUAUUAUUAUUUUUUAAUACAACUAUCUUUAAACCCUUGAGCAAUCUGUAUACAAUGAAGAGGUUUCUGACAUUUAUUCUUACACUCAGUUGAUUGACUUUAGAAUUUAGGCAUAUUUACUUCUGUUGUUUUGAAUCUCUCCAGAGUUGCAUGUAGAUAGCUUUUGUUUCUGUGCAUUUAAAAUAUCCAUUUAGAAAAUAUCUACAUGGUAAAAAUGAGAAGAAAUAGAAAUGUAUUUUUUCAUGAACAUUUUGAUACACAUUUCAUCAAGUUUAUUGAUUAACCAAUUUCUUACACUGGUUAUAAUCAGUAUUUGAUUCAAAGAGAGGGAAGCAUUCAUUAUUGUUAUAAUAUAUGGUCUUUUUUAUUCCAUCCUUUACAAAUUACUAAGGCUGGGGCUGUCAAAAUUAUAUUUUUAUCAUGGAAAAAAAAUUCAAAUCCCCCAAAUCAUAAUGUUGAACAGAAUUGGAGUAUUUUCUUUAAAUUAGUUGAAAAGGAAAAUGAAAGCUUAUAGAAUGCUUGUAUUUUCUUUUCUGUCUCUGGAACCAGUAUAUUGCUGGCAGCUAUUGUAUUAAAAAAUAAAGUAUAUUUUCACUAUCA